AUGUUGAGCAUUCUACCCCAAGCAAACAUACUCAAGUCUGCAGCACUUGGUGCAAAUGAUGAGGCUACAAAUGCCUCUUCAUGGUCUUGUCUCGCUCUUAAAGAUAAGCUAAAGCUUAGGGAGGCAAAGCUUGACAAGAUAGUUAGAGCUAUAAAUUAUGCCAAGCUCGAGAAGGAGGCUGCUGAGCUGAAGUUGAAGCUUGUUGAAUUAGAGUCAACUAUGGCAGCAACGGAUCAGAUCAUCAAAGACUUGAAAUCUAAGUGCAUUAUGAACUACGCUAAGGGUUGCGAGGACUUUAGGGACUAG